CCUCCUCUGCGCUGCAACCAAUGUGCCAAGAUAGCUUAAGCCUUACGGAAGCUAUCAAGGCCCAGGGAUUCGGUUCUCUCCUCUCCGGCUCUCCGCACCUUUCUCCCGACAAGCAGGGCGAUGAGGCCGCCGCGGCCGCCGUCGACGGGGAGCGACGCGCCCGGCCUCGACGGGGCGAGGGAAGAGCCCCAGCCGCCGUCGCACCCCCUAGCGGCCAACCAUGGGAGGCAAGAAAGCAAGCCCCGCGAAGCAGGAGUGGUCGUUUCGUUUGGAGCCCGGCCGGCAGGGGCGGCGCCGGCGCCGGCGCGUCCGAGGAGGCUGACGACGGUGCUGGUGGUGGACAAGGCCAGGCUCUGCUGCUCGCUGUGCUCCCUCGCCUUGAAGCGCCCCAUCUACCAGUGCGCGGCCGGGCACCUGGCGUGCGGCGGCUGCCGCACGAAGCUCUCGACCAACGCCUGCCGGACGUGCGGCGACGGCGGGGCCGCCUCCGCCUACGCGCUCUGCCCCGGCCUCGACGUCUUCUACGGCGAGCUCCACCUGCCGUGCCCCUACGAGGCGCACGGGUGCAGGAGCUACAUCCCCUACUACAGGGCCGCCAGCCACCAGAGCGCGUGCGAGCACGCGCCGUGCCUCUGCCCGGAGCCCGGCUGCGCCUUCGCCGCGCCGCCGCGGGCGCUGCUCGCCCACCUCGUCGACGCCCACUCCUGGCCCGUGCACAAGAUCCCCCGCUUCGGCGCGAUCCAGGCGCUCCACGUUCCGGCGGCGGGUCCGCCGGACCGCCUCCUGGUCGUGGCGGAGGAGGAGGAGGCGGCGGCGGCGGAAGAAGACGACGACGACGACGGGGACGACGCGGAGGGCCCGGCCGUGUUCGUGCUGUCCGUGCGCGCGCGCGGCGAGGCCGCCGCCGUCUCGGUGGCGUGCCUGAGGGCGAACGCGAGGGCGGGGCCGCAGUACAAGUGCGUGCUCUGGGCGAAGGCGCCGGCGCCGCGGGGCGCGGCGGGGCGCCGCCGCCUGUGCAUGGAGACGGACGUGCCGAGCUGCGCGCAGCCCGGCGAGGCCGCCGUGGAGGACGGGAUGUGGCUGGGCGUGGCGCCGGUGAUGAUGCUCGGAGCGUCCAGGGAGAUCCACCUCGGCGUGCAAAUCGACAAGCUCUGAUCCAGCCCCGCGAGCGGCUCGGCCCAUCUCCACUGUCGCCGACUCGCCGGCGAGAUCGUGGGAGGGAUUCGUCUAUGUUUUGGUGUAGGAUUAGAUAGUGGGUUUUCCAGCAAAUCCGGAGAUAGUGCCGACGAACGAAACUGUGGUCGACUAUGAAGUUAGC